ACGAGUGGUUUCGAGGCUAAUGUAGUAGUCACGCGGAGAUCGCGUAGCUGUGGUGUCUAUGAGCUGUGGGACCGCGUCGUUGAAUUUGUUUACACGAAAUGGGCGUGAUGCGAAUAUUUUUUAAUUGCCUCAAAAAUUGACGCCCUCUUGUAAAAAAAAAACAGAAUGACCAUGUUGUAUUACAAACUUGGGAAUUAAUUAAAAACACACCGGAAUUGUUUUUCUGCUCAGGUGAUUUUAAAUUGUAAUAGUUGAGAAAUAUGUCGUUUCACAUUAUUUUAUUCCGAUGUGUAUCAAUAGUUGUUUUGUUGAUUUCUUGCGUGAUGGGAUUUUUUACUCAGUUGCCCCAAGAAACAGCUUGUGGUGAGCUGAAAUAUGCAGGCGAGGGAGUAAUCGAGUCUCCAUUAUUCCCGAAUCCAUACCCAGCUGAUAUUGACUGUACUUGGACGAUAAUUGGUCCACCUGGUAGUCGAAUACAGCUGACGUCGGAGAUCUUUUCGAUUGAACACCAGCCACAGUGUAUGUGGGAUUUCCUGGAUAUAACAGACGGACUAGAUGGAGAAUACGGCCGUGCUCGAUACUGUGGUGAAGAAGAACUAGAAUUUACAUCCAUUUCCAACACGGUUCAUCUCCACUUCUAUAGCGAUGCCAGUGGUGUGGACCCAGGCUUUAAAAUAGCCUAUGUGGCCCUAACCACUGAGCAGUUGACUGGUUGUAAUGUGACAUUGAACAAGGAAGGUCCUGUGGUUUCUCCAGGUUACCCUACACCAUAUCCUGAGAACUCUCUUUGUUUCUACACAAUCCAGGCUGAAGUGAAUUCUCAUAUUAUUUUAGAAUUUUACGACUUUAAAGUUGAGACAGCUCCGUGUGAUUAUGACAGGCUGGAGGUUUAUAGUGGUCUUACCACAACGAAUGAAAACUUGCUUGCUGUUUUCUGCGGAUCUGAUCCCCCAGUCAGCUUACAUCACGACAGCAAUGUUUUAACUUUAAAAUUUGUCUCUGAUGGGAACGUACAAACCAGGGGUUUCAAUGCUAGUAUACAGUUUGUGUCUCUGACCACUAGCGCACCAUCCACUACAUCAACAACCACGCAGGAAAUAACAAAAUCCACAACAGUGCCAACAACGACACCACAAACAACAUCAACCACAACACAGACAACACCAACAACAACACAACCAACAAUACCACCAACAACAAUCCCAACUACAACAGUCCAAACUACAACAUCAAGCACAGAGCUACCAGCAACUGAGAUCUCCACUCCCAGGAAUAUAGGUGCCUGCAAUUCUACAAUAACUUCUGGGUUGGCCAAUAUCAGCUCCCCUGGGUACCCUUUGAAAUACCCAAACAGUUUAUUUUGUGUGACAAAACUUAGAAGUUUGAACCAUAGCAGCUUCUUGAUCAAGUUCUUAAACUUCAGCGUAGAAGAGGCAGAGAACUGUGGCUAUGACUCUCUCAGUAUUUAUGAAGCGAACUCUAAGGAAAAAGAUCUUCAGUAUUCAUUACUCAAGCCACUUCAGCAGUUUUGUGGCACUUCCUUGCAUGACCCAAUAUUCAGCUGGGAAGGUCAAGGCCUUGAUGUUGUUUUUAGAACUGAUCUUACAGAUAACAGCUGGGGAUACUUAGCAGAAGUUCUCAUAGCUCCAGUCAUUAAUGGUCCAAAAUGUCCUGCAAAGUGUGAAAAUGGUGGAAACUGUACAGAAGUUUUGGCUGUAGAUGGUUCAAUAGAUUGGAUAUGCAUGUGCCCAGAAAAGUUUACUGGCACAUUAUGUGAAAUAAAAAUGCGUCCGACUUGUGAUGACAUCGUGUGUGAAAAUGGAGGAGUUUGUCGGGACGAUGGUACCAAGGUGUCAUGUGCCUGUCCAAAUGGAUUCUCUGGAAAGUUCUGUAAUGACAUGGAGGAGCUGAUAGAAGGUGGAGCUCUUUACUUUACAAAGAUGGUGAGCAACAUGUCUUUGAGUAUAGGAAGUAGCGCCAUUCUGGAGUGUGCAGUAAAUGAUCCUGCUGCUCACGUAAUGUGGCUAUUUCAUGACAGAAUAAUUACCCCUGAUGAUUCAUCUCUUGGGGUUGAGGUCCACCCAGGUGGGGUGGUUGUUAUACCUGAGGUUAAAUAUGAAAAUUCCGGUCGCUACACUUGCAUGGCAACCACAUCUACUUAUAGCGAUCUCGUGGAGAGUUCAAUGUGGCUAACUCUCAUUGAGCCAUGUAAUUUAUAUGUACUGAUAGCUCCAAACAACAUAACCAUAAAGGAAGGUCAGAAUGCUUUAUUCCAAUGCUACGUUCCUGAUGCUGAUGUUACUAUGUGGCGCAAAGAUGGGAAUCUUAUUGACAAGGGUCGAAAGAGAAUUCGGCUUCUUGUCAAUAAUUACCUGGUGAUCAGCUCAGCCGUAGAGACUGAUUCAGGUCAGUAUACCUGUGUGGCUCGAUCAAAGGAAGGAUGUUUUUCCAAAGUCUCAGCUUACCUUCACGUAGAAGGUACAGGUCAGAGUAGAGAAUGCGGUCGCCCAAGAAUUAAACCCUAUGAGGGUGGCUUGGGAAGAAUUAGCAGUGGUAAAGAGGCUGCCUUUGGCUCUGCUCCUUGGCAUGUAAUUCUUAGAGAGGAUAAAGGACACAUAACAUUCUGUGGAGGGUCGCUGAUCUCCACAGACAUUGUUCUGACUGCGGCACAUUGUAUUACACAAUUUGAAAUGAUGUUUGGAUACCCUUUCCACCCCAGACACAUACAGGUCUACCUAGGUACAACCCACUGUGCUGGUAACGGUGGUAGUUUCAGACAAAUUAAAACCUACACUUUACAUGAGAAUUUUAAUGACACUCGCUUUAACAAUGACAUAGCGAUGUUGAAACUGGAUGUCCCCAUGGAGUUUACGGCUGACAUUAUGCCAAUUUGUUUGGAGACUCCCCAGUUUUUGGAGGGACUCCUCAAGCCAGGUAACUUAGGAGUUAUAACAGGAUGUGGUGGCAACAAUGCACAGUAUUAUGUUCCGACUCACCUCCAUGAAGUCAAGAUCCCAAUUGUGUCCCCUGACAUCUGUAGAGAAAGAACUGCUGUGAUCAACACUACCUUUACAACUGGCAUGUUCUGUGCUGGUUAUUCUCGAAGCAUGAGAGGAGAUGCUUGCCAGGGUGAUAGUGGAGGCCCGUUUGUACUAGAAUUCAAUGGACGUUAUGUCCUAACUGGGAUAAUAUCCUGGGGCGUAGGAUGUGACAGGGAGAACCAUUAUGGAUACUACACCAACGUUUCUCACUACUAUGACUGGAUAAGAGAAAAGAUGAAGAUAUUAUGAGCAGCCAGGUGAUUGAGAUUUCAUUUGUUUCCUACACAGACCAAUCUGGCAACAUGAUGUACAUAUACACAAUAUGUAUAAACAGAGUGAUUUAUUGUGUUUAAAUAAAAAUGAAAAUUCAUAACCACGACUUUAUUUUAAGAGAUUUAUUUCACUUUUUAGUGUAAAGAUGAAAAAUGUGGUUACUAGUUGAAAUAUUUUAUUCAUUUAUAAUAAUAUAAAAUAUUCAAAUAAUUUCAACCAAAAUAAAGGUAGCAAAAUAUUCUCACAUUGGACUUUGUAAAUAAAUUUCCUUUAAAACAUUAACAGCGUUGCUUACAUACAUAAUGAAACAGUUGAAUCAUCAUUAAAAAUUUACAGAAAAAAAUUACAUUAAAGAAAAUGA